AUGAUCCUGCGGAGGCUGGUAUCUCUCGUCCUCGAUGGCUCCUGGCCGCGCGCUCGAGCCACCGCGGCGGCGCACGCGGCCGCCGUCCGAGCCGGCCACGCGGCGGACGUCUUCCUCUGCAACCACCUCAUCGUCUCCUACGCCGGGUGCGGCCUCCUCGACGCCGCGCGGAGGGUGUUCGACGAAAUGCCGCGCCGGAACCUCGUCUCGUGGUCGGCGCUCGUCUCUUGCUGCACCCGCGCGGGGCGGCCGGAUCUGGCGCUGGAGCUCUUCGCGCGGAUGGGAGGCGCUGGCGCGCGGCCGAGCGAGCACGUCUACGCCAGCGUGGCGCGCUCCUGCGCCGCCCUGCGCGCGCUCUCCGCGGGCGCGCAGGUGCACGCCCGCGCCGUCAAGAGCGGGCUCCUCGGCGCGUCUUUCGUGGCCAACUCCAUCGUGACGAUGUACAUGAAGUGCGGGUGCUUCGACGAAGGGUACGGCGUCUUCAGGACGCUCGCGGAACCCACCGUCGUGUCAUACAACGCCGCCAUAUCCGGCCUUGCGGCGAGCUCACAGCCGGAGAAGUGCUUGGAGGUGUUCAGGCUUAUGAAGCUGCGGGAGCUGCGUCCGGACAGGUUCUCAUACUCUGCUGCUCUUGGAAUCUGCAGCGGUUUGGGGAAUCCCAACAUCGGAGCAGCGUUGCAUUGUGACACUGUCAAGAUCGGCCUGGACGUUACUGUCUUUGUGGGCAAUGUCAUCCUGGACAUGUACUCGAGACAUGGCACCAUCACAGAAGCUGAGCAGGUGUUCUUGUCCGUGCAAGAGAAGGACGCCGUCACCUGGAACACCUACAUCGCCGCACACUCGCGGCGCGGUGGCCAUGCGGAAGCUCUCAUGCUGUUCAAGGACAUGGUGGGCGCGAACGUCCGCCCGGACGACUUCACGUACGCCAGCGUCCUCGCGGCGUGCGCGGAGCUCUCUCUGAUCCGCCAUGGCGGCCAAGUCCACUGCCGCCUCAUCAGAAGCAGAGGAGACGCCGACGUCGCCGUGGGCAACGCGGUCAUCAGCAUGUACACGCGGUGCGGCCGCAUGGCGCUCGCGGUCCGCGCCUUCGAUCGGCUGCGAGGCCGGAACCUGCGGUCCUGGAACACGCUGAUUUCCGGGUUCGGCAAGCAGGGCCGCGCCGGGGAGGCCAUCGAGACCUUCGAGCGGAUGAAGGAGGAGGAGGCCGGGGUCGCUCCGGACGCGAUCACAUUCACCGGCCUCCUGGCCGCCUGCAACCACGCCGGACUGGUGGACCGAGGCAUGGAGUACUUGGGCUCCAUGAGCGGGGCGUACGGCGUCGCGCCGGGCGCCGAGCACGUCUCGUGCGCCGCCGAUCUCCUGGGCAGAGCCGGGAGGUUGGAGGAGGCGGAGGGGCACGUCCUGGCGUCGUCCGCGUGCCGCGACGACCCCGUCGCCCUGGGCAGCCUGCUCGCUGCCAGCAGGGUCCACGGGGACAAGGCGGGCGUCGGCGCGAGGGCCGCGGGGAGGCUGCUGGCGCUUGGCGGGCGGGCGGUGGGCGGGCGGUGGGGCGGGCGGGCGGUAGUAGAGCAGCUCGGCGCGGCGUCGUGA